GAAAAAAUAUCAAUUUGUGAAAAUAGUUUUAAUAAACAAAAAGAAAGCUUACAUCACAUUUCAAUAAAGAAAGAAAUAAGUACUUAACAUUUGGGCACCGAUCAUAAUUAUUGAAACUUAAGCCUCUACUCACAAACGCACGAAAAUUGUGCCUUUAAAUUACAUCAAGAUCUCAUUACAAUAGUCAAGAAUUUGUUGCAAAAAACUUAAAAUGACGCUUGCAGAGUUCUUUAAUUGUGCUCUCUUAGCGUUUGGGCCACCUUUGGCUAUGUUUGCGUUGACUAUUGCAAAUGACGCCAUAAGAAUCAUCAUAAUGAUAGCAGCGGCAUUUGGUUGGCUACUGUCGUUAUUACUUUCUUCUCUUGUAUGGUAUGCGGUGGUGCCCUUGAGACAAUAUUUGGCUUUUGGAAUGGUAUUUGCAAUCAUUAUCCAAGAAGCCUUUCGCUAUGGCAUGUACCUAUUGCUGCGAAAAACGGAAGCAGGAUUGAAACAAAUAUCAGAUAACCAUGAUAUUGGUAGCAAUAAAUCAGAAUUGGCUUAUGUUUCUGGACUCGGUUUUGGCUUAAUGAGUGGCUCAUUCGCUUUAGUCAAUGUUUUAGCAGAUUCAGUUGGACCGGGAACAUUGGGUCUGAACAGUGGAACCGAAUACUUCUUUGUCACAAGUGCUGCUAUGACACUGUGUAUGAUCCUGCUCAACACGUUUUGGAGUGUAAUAUUCUUUAGUGGCUUAGAUGACAAAUGUUACAUCAAAGUGUGUUGGGUUGUCGGUUCUCAUUUCUUUGUAUCAGGUUUAAGUUUACUAAACAGAAAGGAGCUCUAUGCCGCUACUAUAAUCCCAUCUUACAUUGUUCUAGCGAUAACUGCCUUCUAUGCAUUCAAAUGUGCGGGUGGAAAUGUUAAAGUGCUAUUGAACAAUUUGACUUGUAGGUCAUAAAUAUAUUAUUGAUUAUUUCACAUUCAUUAAGAAAUUACAUAAAAACUAAGCUUAUUUAUUAAUAAGAUAAUAAUUAAGACAACCAAUAAUCUGUACAUAAUGUUGCUUUAAUAAAUUAAAAUUAGUAAUGUAACGAAAACAAUAAUACAACAAAGCACAGCGAGCGGA